GGCUUCCCAGAAACUCCCUCACAGUUCCUAGAAACUUCCAAAUGCUUUUUGCCUCUUCCCCAAGCUUCUCCACCCUUCUCUACAGAAGAGAACAGAAACCCCCCUACACAAACCUCCAUAAAUCACCUCUUCUCCUCAAAACAAAGAAAAGAAAGAAUUACAAACCCUAGUUUUGCUUCCACUUCUGCACAACUAUGGCUACCUCCAGGACGACCUCCACUGCGAGGCUCACAAGGUCAGCUCUCUCCGCUCUCAAGCCCUCGUCUUUCUCUCAAUCUCGACCCGCACUCUCUCGCUGCACUGAAAUUCUCGCAAAUGGUUCGGAGAAUUUCUCAACGCGGCCUCGAAUCAAUACUGGUGUUGUGAAACCGUCAUCGACCUUCAAUGGCAGAGGAUUUGUUGCUCCUCACUUCCAGUAUUAUUCCUCACGCUCUUAUUCCACCGCCGUCAACUCUUCUCAGAUCAAUAAUUCAGAGUUCACUGAAAUGGCAUGGGAGGGAAUCAUUGGUGCUGUGGAAGCAGCACAAGCUUUGAAACAGCAACUGGUGGAGUCUGAGCAUUUAAUGAAAGCCCUUUUAGAGCAGAAGGAUGGCUUGGCUCGGAGAAUUUUUGCAAAGGCUGGUCUUGACAACACAUCACUUCUGCAAGCUACAAAUGAUUUUAUAUCUCAACAACCAAAGGUGGUGGGUGACACUAGUGGUCCUAUAUUGGGCUCGCAUCUCAGUUCCCUUUUGGACAAUGCAAGAAAGAAUAUGAAAGAAAUGGGAGAUGCCUUUGUGUCUGUGGAGCAUUUAGUGUUGGCAUUCUAUUCAGAUAAGAGGUUUGGCCUGCAAUUAUUCAAGAACCUGCAGCUUAGUGAGACGGCUUUGAAGGAUGCUGUUCAGGCUGUUCGUGGCAGUCAGAGAGUAACAGAUCAAAAUCCUGAAGGCAAGUAUGAGGCACUUGAGAAAUAUGGGACUGACUUGACUGAGAUGGCUAGGCGUGGAAAACUUGAUCCAGUUAUAGGUCGGGAUGAUGAAAUAAGGCGGUGCAUCCAAAUAUUAUCUCGUAGAACAAAGAAUAAUCCUGUUAUUAUUGGUGAGGCCUGGUGUAGGUGAAAUGCGAUUGCUGAAGGAUUAGCUCAACGAAUUGUUCGUGGUGAUGUUCCUGAAACUUUAUUCAAUCGGAAGCUGAUUUCUCUGGAUAUGGGUUCUUUGCUUGCUGGUGCUAAGUUCCGAGGAGAUUUUGAAGAAAGGCUAAAAGCUGUCUUGAAGGAGGUCACAGCUUCAAAUGGGCAGAUUAUUUUGUUUAUUGAUGAAAUCCAUACAGUAGUCGGUGCUGGGGCUACAAGUGGGGCAAUGGAUGCGGGAAAUUUGUUGAAACCAAUGCUUGGCCGAGGUGAGCUCCGAUGUAUAGGAGCAACUACUUUAAACGAAUAUAGAAAAUACGUUGAGAAGGAUCCGGCUCUGGAACGCAGAUUUCAACAAGUGUUUUGCGGUCAGCCAUCUGUAGAAGACACAAUUUCCAUUCUUCGUGGAUUGCGUGAACGGUAUGAGCUGCAUCAUGGGGUUAAAAUAUCAGACAGUGCCCUUGUUGCAGCGGCAGUUCUUGCAGAUCGAUACAUAACAGAGCGUUUUUUGCCUGACAAAGCCAUUGAUCUCGUUGAUGAAGCUGCUGCAAAGCUAAAGAUGGAAAUUACUUCUAAGCCUACUGAAUUGGAUGAAAUAGAUAGGGCUGUGGUAAAGCUAGAGAUGGAGAAACUCUCUCUGCAAAAAGAGAAUGAUAAAUCAUCCAAAGAAAAAUUAGCCAAGCUGGAAAAUGAGCUUUUGUUGCUUAAGCAAAAACAGAAAGAGUUAACUGAGCAGUGGGAACGUGAGAAAGUUCUCAUGAAUCGUAUACGGUCAAUUAAAGAGGAGAUUGAUAGAGUCAACCUAGAGAUGGAAGCUGCUGAGCGUGAGUAUGACCUAAAUCGUGCAGCUGAGCUCAAAUAUGGAACACUAAUGUCCCUUCAGCGCCAGCUAGAAGAAGCUGAAAAGAACCUUGCUGACUAUCAAAAGUCCGGAAAAUCUUUGCUUCGAGAAGAGGUUACUGAUCUUGAUAUUGCUGAAAUUGUAAGCAAAUGGACUGGCAUACCUUUAUCACACCUCCAUCAGUCAGAGAGGGAGAAGCUUGUCAGGCUAGAAGAAGUUCUCCACAAGAGGGUAGUUGGUCAAAAUAUGGCAGUCAAAUCUGUGGCUGAUGCAAUUCGACGAUCAAGAGCUGGAUUGUCUGAUCCAAACCGUCCUAUAGCGAGCUUCAUGUUCAUGGGUCCUACAGGUGUUGGUAAAACUGAGCUUGCAAAGGCUCUAGCUGGAUACCUUUUCAACACAGAAAAUGCUCUUGUGAGGAUCGAUAUGAGUGAGUACAUGGAAAAACACGCAGUAUCUCGCUUGGUUGGUGCCCCACCUGGAUAUGUUGGUUAUGAAGAAGGUGGGCAACUUACGGAAGUGGUCCGUCGGAGGCCCUAUUCCGUUGUGCUCUUUGAUGAAAUUGAGAAGGCACAUAAUGAUGUUUUCAACAUUCUGUUACAGGUGCUGGAUGAUGGAAGGAUAACCGACUCCCAAGGACGGACUGUUAGUUUCACAAAUUGUGUUUUGAUAAUGACAUCAAAUAUUGGGUCCCACUGUAUCCUUGAAACUCUUAGAACCUCACAUGACAGUAAGGAGGUAGUGUAUGAAGUGAUGAAAAAACAGGUCAUUGAAUUGGCUAGGCAAACUUUCCGGCCAGAGUUCAUGAAUCGAAUUGAUGAGUAUAUUGUUUUCCAACCUCUGGACUCCAAAGAAAUCAGCAAAAUUGUUGAGAUCCAGUUGAAUCGGGUGAAAGACCGGCUCAAACAGAAGAAGAUUGACCUCUACUACACGAAGGAAGCUGGGGAACUUCUAGUGACAUUGGGUUUCGAUCCCAACUUUGGAGCGAGGCCAGUCAAGAGAGUGAUACAACAAAUGGUUGAGAAUGAAAUUGCUAUGGGAGUCUUAAGAGGGGAUUUUAAUGAAGAGGACUCUAUCCUAGUUGAUGCUGAUGUAUCAGCUAAAGACCUUCCUCCCAAUAAAAGGUUACGUAUAAAGAAAAUAGAGACUGCCCCUGCUAUGGAUGCCAUGGUUGCCAACAACUAGGACUAAGUGUGAGAGCUGUACAUAUAUUUGAAAUAAGAGCUUAGAUUGUGGUCUUUUUUCGUUUCCUGUUUACAGCAUCAAAAUGAUAUCAUAAUAACAUUGUUUGGGUAAUUUUGAUAGUAAUAUCUUUCAUGUUAGUAUUUGUUUCUGUUAAUCUUCAGACGGGCAAA